CCUUCGUCCUUUGGUGGCCAUGUCAUCCGACCCAGGUGCAACGUACUAUGCGGCCUUCUGUGCUUUGGCUAUUAUGACACUGAAGGCUGUAAAUGAGGAGGUGAUAGAGCCAUACAUGGACGAACCCUUCCAUGUCCCGCAGGCGCAGGCGUACUGCAAAGGGGAUUAUUUGACGUGGGACCCAAAGAUUACAACGCCUCCUGGGCUCUAUGCCUUGAGCGUGUUCAUGAAGCGAGUCUUCAUGGUCAAAUGCAACUUGCCAUUGUUACGAUUCACGCCUACACUAUCUUUGCUGGUACUCCCGUUGGUGUUGACGCGCCUUCUAUGCUUUCACCGGCGUGAGAGGCCACCACAUUCGUGGUUCGUGCCCACCACGGAAGGUGUCAUACUUUCGAGCUUCCCCAUUGCGUGGUUCUUUGCCUUUCUAUACUACACCGAGUUGCCCAGCCUGGUGUUCGUCUUGGCAACAGUUGUAGUCGCCACGCAGGGGAAACACUGGCUCGCUGCUUUGCUAGGUGUGAUGAGCUGCACUUUCCGCCAGAACAACAUUGUGUGGGUUCUAUAUGCGUACGCCGCCAGUCAACUCAUGUACCUGCGGACGCGGCGUGCGCCCCCAGGUGCGCGAGCUGCUGCAAAGCUACACGACCCCCCAGCCCUUGCUGCUAGUCCAAUGGAUCUUACCCGAUCGAUCAUGUCCUUCCCGCAGAUCCUUCCGGACAUCCUCCUGUCGUUCAUCUCGUACGCUCUGGCCCUCGCGGCGUUUGGAAGCUUCGUCGUAUGGAAUGGCGGCAUUGUGCUUGGUGAUAAGUCGAAUCACGUUCCCGCGCUACACGUCCCGCAGCUUUACUACUUCGUGGGAUUUGCCACUAUCCUCGGAUGGCCUGUUCUGGUCAGUGGUGAAGGAGGCGUGAAGAAACUAGCGCAAGAUGUCUGGGCACGAAUGUUCGGUAGUCGGAGAAACACGGUUAUGACGACUUUGGUAUCCGUUGUGAUGACCAUUACGGUGCACAAGUUCACGAUACACCACCCGUUCUUAUUAUCGGAUAAUCGCCAUUACACCUUCUACAUAUGGCGGAGAAUCUUCAUGGUUCAUCCCAUUGUGCCAUAUCUGCUCAUCCCCGGAUACAUAUCUUGUGCCUGGGCGUGGUAUCUCCGCACAGGACAAGACCAAACCUUGCUGCAGAACCUCAUCCUCCCUGUAUUCGUGCUGCCCACAUUGAUACCUACCCCUCUUCUAGAACCACGAUACUUCCUCAUCCCCUAUAUAUUGCUGAGAGCGCAGGUUGCUGAUGCCCCGUUGUGGGCUGUGAUUGUGGAGGGUUUCUGGUAUGGCGCCAUCAAUGGUGCCACUAUGUAUGUGUUCCUGUACAAGACGCGGCCUGGUGUAGGUAGAUUCAUGUGGUAGAGUAGAGGAGUGCAGAGCGCGUCUGAAGGGUGCGCGAAGCGCGUGGACCCUUGCGGACCCACAUGGCGGUAGUCUCGUGACGCACAAUGUUUACGCGCUAUUUGUUGCCAGUUCGACUUGG